GGACUGCUGAAAUUGUUGCUGCUUGUUGUUUAGAUCAAUCAGUCACAAUGGUGCAAAUGGGCCUUGAUUCGAUUCUCACUGGUGCCCCUGCUGGCAACGCAAAAACAAAGAUCGUAUGUACUCUUGGACCAAAGAGCCGCACUGUUGAGGUUUUGGAGGAGCUUCUGAGGGCAGGGAUGAGCGUGGCGCGCUUCAACUUCUCCCACGGCUCCCACGAUUACCAUCAGGAGACCCUCGACACACUGAGACAGGCCAUGAGAAACACUCGGAUCCUGUGCGCAGUGAUGCUGGACACAAAGGGCCCAGAGAUCAGGACAGGCUUCCUGGUGGAUGAGAAGCCCAUCAAACUGACAGCGGGCAAAGAGAUCACCAUCACAACAGACUACGAGACAAAAGGCAACGAGAACCUCAUUGCCAUGAGCUACAAGAAAUUGCCGGAAGAUGUGCACAAGGGGUCUCAGAUUCUGUGCGCGGAUGGGUCAAUUGUUCUGGAGGUCAUCAGCACAGACGUCAAGGCAGGCACAGUUCGUGCUAAGUGCCUCAAUAAUGCCGUCCUUGGGGAGAGGAAGAAUGUCAACCUGCCAGGAGUGGUGGUGGACCUGCCGACACUGACAGCAAAGGAUGAGGAUGAUCUGGUGCAGUGGGGCCUGCCCAACGACAUCGACUUCAUUGCGGCCUCCUUUGUGCGCAAGGGUUCCGACUUGGACUACAUCAGAAAGGUGCUGGGGCCCAAGGGGCGCACAAUAAAGAUCAUCAGCAAGGUGGAGAACCAGGAGGGCCUGCAGAACUUCAAGGAGAUCCUGGAGAAGAGCGACGCCAUCAUGGUUGCCCGCGGGGACCUGGGCAUGGAGAUCCCCACCGAGAAGAUCUUCCUAGCACAGAAGAUGAUGAUCCAGUCCUGCAACAUGGUGGGCAAGCCAGUCAUCACAGCCACGCAGAUGCUUGAGAGCAUGAUCAAGAACCCGCGGCCCACGCGCGCAGAGGCGACGGACGUCGCCAAUGCAGUGCUGGACGGCACAGACUGCGUCAUGCUGUCCGGCGAGACAGCUGCCGGCAGCUUCCCAGUGCAGGCCGUGCAGGUGAUGCAGAGGAUCUGCAGUGAGAGCGAGGCGUCCCUGGACUACUACAGCCUGUUUAAGGCCAUCAUGAAGCGGACACCCAUCCCCAUGUCUCCCCUCGAGUCGCUGGCCUCGUCUGCCGUGCGGACAGCCCACAAGGUGCAUGCCAGCCUGAUCGUGGUGCUGACGCGAGGGGGCUCCACAGCGCGCCUAGUGGCCAAGUACCGGCCGAGCAUCCCAGUGCUGACAGUGGCGGUCCCCGUGCUCACCACCGACAGCCUCACGUGGACGUGCUCGGGCGAGCAGCCGGCGCGGCAGUGCCUGGUCACGCGCGGCUUGCUGCCGCUGCUGGCAGAGGGCUCGGCGCGCGCCACCGACACUGACACCACCGAUGAGAUCAUCUCGGCUGCUCUGGUUGUGGCAAAGAAGCUCAAGUACUGCCAGAGGGGUGACUCCAUUGUGGCGCUGCACCGCAUCGGGAAUGCAUCCGUUAUCAAAAUUGUAGACAUCAAGUGAUGAGGGUGCAAUUCACGACCAUAGAACCAUCAAGUGACCAGCCCCAGAUUUCCCUUUCCUGUGUGGCAGCAACGUGUGAAGCAGGGUAGCAGCAUCAUAGCAGAAUCACUGGUGUUGUGAACAUGUGAUCAAGAGCGCUUGUCUCCGAGUGAUUUUCAUUAGUUUGCCGGCCGUUGAAUAAGGAGGCGAAAAUCGCCUGAAGCCUUUUGAGAUGCGAUCCGUUGCUGUUCUCCGGUGCUGCACUUCAAGCAUGCAUCAUGCUGUUGGCACCUAGACUGAAGCUGCCGCGGCAGAGAUGCGUAGUGUCAGCAUGCGAUCUGCUAGCAAGAUCUGUACCUUCCUCGCAUCACC